AAUAUUAAUGUCUGAAACUGCCUGUCUGAAACAAAAAUUGUUCACCCUACGAAGCCUUUUAAAGAACGUUCUUUAUGAUUUAGUUGAGAAUUUCGGAGCGUUGAAAAAUUUCGAGCGUAAUUUCAUUGCAAACAACUAACACAAUUCGCUUUCUCAAGCGACCUUGUAGGCAUUAGGCUUGUUUGCCUAGUGGUCAUACAAAUGACUUAACGACGUCGCAUGCCUGAACGUGUGCGUAUUUUUAGUAUUUUCAAACAAUUCGGCGCUAUUUUCGACCAUUUCUCGAAUUGGUCAGCCUCACAUAUGGCGGCGCGCCGCCACACAAUUCGAGUCUACAAUAACAACUCGCCGUUUGCCGCAAUGCUUUCAUUAAACCACUACAAAUUUCUUUUAUUAUUGUUGUUUGCGCGUUUUUGGCACUUAAUGACACUUAUCGCCACCACCAACCGACCAACCGACCGGCCGUUAACCAGGUGUCGGAGGGGUAAUGGCGUUGGUGUUUGCGGUGGCGACGCGCCAAUACGCUAAGAAUUUUAUUACGGACGUGCAGGCGGUUUAUUUUUAGUCGCCAACACACUCAUUCCACUUAAAAUAACGCACGCGAUUGUCGGCACCUCAGCGCUUCACCGCCGCACCGCUGCUUGUUGGCCAAGUGCCAUAAUUGCUUGUAUAUCCAAUUGAGGCGCGAGCGUGCGCCGCCGUCAAUGGCAUUAAUGGCAUGCAGCGCUGCCGCAGCUUUACAGCCAUAUGCCAAAACGACCGCGGGCGAGCACUCGCGGUGGAGGUGAUUUCAAUAGCGACGACGCUGAGGGCCAUUCUACGUUGCAUUGUUCACGCGCGGUGGGCGGUGUUAGGCGGCUGUGUGCGCUCAUCGAUCUAUUUUGGGUUUGGAAAGUGCAUUGCAUUCAAACUGCAAAUAAGCUCUGAAUCAGCAGCCUCCACAGAAGUAAUAAAAAUUUUGUUUUUGCUCUGUUUCUUGCAGUCAAAUAAACCAAUUAUGGAAAAACGCCGACGCGCUCGCAUCAACAACUGCCUAAAUGAGCUGAAAACACUGAUUCUGGACGCGACCAAAAAAGACCCCGCGCGUCACUCAAAACUAGAAAAAGCCGACAUUCUGGAGAAGACUGUGAAGCAUCUGCAAGAACUGCAGCGCCAACAGGCGGCUAUGCAGCAAGCUGCCGACCCUAAGGUCAUCAAUAAAUUCAAGGCCGGUUUCGCUGAUUGUGCCAACGAGGUCAGCCGCUUCCCUGGUCUGGAUCCCGCAGUGAAACGUCGCCUGCUUCAGCACCUCAGCAACUGCAUUAACGGCGUUAAGUCCGAGCUGCACCAGCACCAGCGGCAAAUGGCAAGCGCUCCAUCCCAGAUGCUGCCCUCACCGCCCAGCUCGCCGGAACAGGAUCAGCACCAUCUGCAGCAUCAACAUGUCGCUGCUGCUGCCACCGCUGGUAAUCCCUUCCUCUUGGGCGCGCAGUUGCAGCACACAAUGAACGGCUAUUUCCUGCCCAAUGGCCUGCAAGUGAUCCCCACCAAACUUCCCAAUGGCAACAUAGCGCUGGUGUUGCCGCAACAUCAGCAGCACCACCACCAACAGCAGGCGCAGCAGCACACAACAACACAUAUGCAGCACCAACAGUUGAGCGCAGCUCAAGCUGCCGCCGCCGCCGCUCUAAUGACCAUGCCCACCCGCACCGCCUCCACCAGCUCUGCCUCUUCGCACAGCUCAUCCGUUUAUGAGCGCACCAUCUGUUCGCCGGCCAACAGUGUGACGCACUACGCACCCCCCAGCCCCGCCAACUCGUACGAGGCCAUGGACUGCAAACCCUCGGUCAUUCAACACGCGCCAACUCUUUCCCAACAACAACAACAUCUGCAGCAGCAGCAGCAGCAGCAACAGCAAAACCAGCAACCGCUCUCCCUGGUAAUCAAGAAGGACAUUAAAGUGGAGGAUGAACAGCCUUGGCGGCCAUGGUGAAGAGGCUGGCGCCAGCCGCGCGCGCGCACCCACCAAAAGAACUGGUCAACGCCCCCUUUCCAUAGAAACGAGGGGCAGACGUGAUGAAUACCAAAGCUAGGAGAGCUGACAAUAGCUGGCGGCGGCGAGGCGGUUGCGUUCGCCAGCAGAUGGUGGCAGUGGAAUGCAUUGGGAUGUCUGGCGAAAAGUCAACGGCACCCACAAAGUUUAUUCGGACUCAUUUCGCGCACUUACCUUAGUGUAAAUGACGUUGAAGUUGAAAAUAUCCGCAUCCGUUGGCAGAUCGCGCGCGCCACCUCAGCAUCGACCAUCACACAGGCAGCAAAGCAGCCACUGGGUGUGACGCACGUGUUCCGCCGGCUGAGCACACGCCGAUAUGCAUCCAGAAAUACCAACAUCGGAAUGAUUCAAGCACGAAAGCAUUGGCAAAGCAUUGAUCGACAGCACUUAAGUGACUUAGUAAGUAACCACUACCUCAGCAAUACAGGGGCGAUUUUGCGGUUUGUCGCGCCUCAGGGGCGCUUCAUUUGAAUUUCUCAGCUAUCUCAUUGGAGUAUUACAAUUAGAAUAACUAAUAUUGACGUAUCGUCGGUGUAUUUAGUCAUUAAUUAUUUAUAAUUUCAAAUGAAAAAUGCAAAUGAUUUAUGGUUUGCAAUACACAUUGCUUCAUUUAUUAGCAAUUUUAUUUUUUCCAUUUUCCAAUUUAAUUGUACAUAUUCCGUAUAUAGAUACAUUGUGCGAACCAUACCAUGAAUACCAAAAUAUUUGUGUGAACGCCUAUUUAUGUAUAAAUAGUGCAAGUAUGUAUUUAGAAUUGCAGAAUAACCACAACAACAGAUGUUAAAAAAAAAAAACAAUC